AUGCGGCGCGGCAAGUACACAUCCGACUGCUCCGGCGAGGCCUUCACGCUGCUGCCGCUCCUCUUCCUCAACAACAUGCUCGGCUACGCAGACAGGACAAACCUCUCGGUGGCUGUCAUCGCGAUGAGCCGCGAGCUCGGCUGGGGCGAGGCGAGCACCGGCACGCUCCUCGCGUCAUUCUUCUGCGGAUAUGUCCUCACGCAGAUCCCGGCCGGCCUCGCCGCCGCUCGCUUUGGAGCCAAGCGAGUGCUGCUGGCGCGCGUCGUCGUCGGCCUCGCCGAGGGCGUCCAGAUCCCGUGCUGCAACGCGCUCCUCGCUGCGUGGGUCCCUCUGCACGGCCGGGCGCGCGCCCUCUCCUUCAUCUUCAGCGGCCAGUUUGUGGGGACCAUCUGCGCCCUCUCCUGCUCGCCGCUGGCGGAGUGGUGGUGGCCCUCCAUCUUCCUGCUCUGGCGCCGCCGCGCGCCCCCGCAGGGUGGCGGAGG